AUGGCUGAAAACGAUACACCCUCGACUGAAGUACAUCUACAUAAACCCGAUGAACAAGUCAUUCACGGCGAAAGUCAUCAACAAAAAGAACAAAUAAUUGUUGAAAAUGCAAAUAUUUCUCAUCAUCUAGAAGAUAUUCAUGUUACAGUUAAUAAUGAAAAUCUUGCACCAAUCGAAAAUAAAACUGAAGAAAUUAAAGAUAAAGUUAAUGAGGUAGUUGAUAACACACAACAUACAUUGAAUGAAACAGUUAAUAUAACUGGUGAACAUGCAACUGCUGCUGCUCAUAAUGUUCAGGAACAAGCAAAAGAAACUGCAGAUAAUGUUCAAGAAAAAGCUACUGAAUUAAAACAGGAUGCUGUUGCUACUGCACAUGCCGUAGAAGAAAAAGCUGCAGACACAACACAUGUUGUUCAAGUUUUAGAUAAAGCUGUUGAAUUAAAACAUGAUGUUCAAGAUAAAGCUGCUGAAUUAAAACAAGACGCAGUCGCUACUGCUCAUGCAGCAGAAGAAAAAGCUACUAAUGCAGCACAUGCUACUCAAGAUAAAGCUGCUGAAUUAACACAUGACGCGUCUACAGCCGCUCACGAUGCUCAAGAAAAAGCCAAAGAAGUAGCACAUGAUGUUCAAGUACAACAUGGCGCGGCUGAGGCUGCUCAUGGUGCUCAAGAGAAAGUCCACCAAGUAGCACACAAUGUGCAUGACAAAGCAAGUGAAAUAGCUGCUGAUACGAAAGGUGCUUUUAUAGCUGGUGAAAAAGCAGUUGAAGAGAAAUUAACUGCAGCCAAAGACACAGUUUUAGAAAAAUCAAGUGAAUUAGUUGAUAGUGCUAAACAUACUGCUCAUGAUGCUAAUGUUAAAGCACAUGAAUUAGGAAAAUCAGUUGAAGAAAAAUUAGAAUCAGCUGAAAAAACUGCUGAACAUAAACUUGAAGAUGGUAAACAUGCGAUUAGCGAAAAAGCAUCUGAAGCUAAAGCUAAAGGUGCUGGAAUCCUUGGUGCAACACAACAUGCAAUUGCUUCCGGUGCUGCAAUUGUUAGCGAAAAAGUUAAACAUGGAAUAGAAUUAGCAUCUGGUGCCGUUUCUCAUGGUAAAUCACAUGAAUCCGAAAAACAAGUCGAACAUAAAUUAGAAUCAGCUGAAAAAAUUGCUGAAGAAAAAGUCGAAGAAAGUAAACAAACAGUUAAUGAAAAAGCAUCUGACGCUAAAUCUAAAGGUACUGAAAUACUUGGUGCAACACAACAAGCACUUUCGAGUGGUGCUGCAGUUGUUACUGAAAAAGCUAAGCAAGGAAUAGAAUUAGCAUCUGGUGCUGCUUCGAAUGUUAAAACAUCUACUGGACAAUUAGCAGGCGACGCACAAGCGAAAGUUGUUGAAACGGCUCAUAAUGCCCAGGUAAAAGCUAGCGAAUUGUUAACAACUGUUGAAACAAAAGCUGCUGAUGCUGCUAAUGUAAUUGCUGCAAAAACUGUCGAAGCAAAAAAUACUACUGUAGCUGCUGCACAAACGGUCGCAUCGACAAUUCACGAAAAAACAAGCGCUCUUUUGGAUAGUGGUAAACAAGUCUUAACAUCUUCAGCUGCAUCUCAAUCUGCACCAAUAGUAUCUGCUGGUACUGAUCAUAUCUCACAAGAAGCAUAUGUUACUCAUACAUCUGGUCAAACUGCUCAUGGUCCAGAUCCAAUAACUGCUGAACAAGUCGCACCAACUACAACGAAAGCUAGUAAAGGUGGUCCAAUAGCUGCAAUUCGUAAUUUUUUUAUUCGUUUAUUCAGUCCAUCAUCACAUAGACAUGAAGAACAACGAAAAGCUAACAGUAAUGUUCCUACAAAUGCUGCUGAUCACACAACUGAAACUACAACAACAGUUGCAACAAGCAAUCCACCAAUAUUAUCAUGA